CCUUAUCGAUGUGAUAUCUGCUACAAAGCCUUUGGUCGCUCAUAUAGUCUAACAAGACAUAAGAGGAUACAUACUGGCGAGAAACCCUAUCGAUGCGACGUUUGCCAUAAAUCAUUCACUCAGUCCUUUCAUUUAAAAAUGCAUAAACGUACGCAUUCGCGCGAUGUUUUAUAUUCGUGCGAUAUCUGUGGAAAAAGUUUUAUCCAAGCAAAUGAUUUAAAGAAACAUCGAAGAGUUCAUACCGGCGAAAAACCAUACGUAUGCAUGAUAUGCCUAAAGCCUUUUACCGAUUCCAGCCAGUUAAAACGUCAUAUUCGAGUUCAUACUGGAGAAAAGCCAUACACAUGCGACAUUUGCAAUAAAUCGUUUUCGCAAUCUGGUACGUUGGCAAAACAUAAAAAAAUCCAUCUUAGAAACGCGGAGCAAACUGGCAAAUUAUACCAGUGUGAAGUUUGUACAAAAACCUUUGGCCGCGCUUAUUCACUAACUCGUCAUAGACGUAUCCACACUGGCGAGAAACCCUACCAUUGCGUCGUUUGUGGCAAAUCAUUCACCCAAUCGUAUCAUUUAAAGAUCCAUAUGAAAACCCAUAGUCGUGAUCGA